UUACAGCUCAAAAUCCGCGCAUAAAGCACACUUCCAGUCUUUAGCCCAUCAGCGGCGACGCCAAAGGAGCGGCAUUCGAGCUUGAGGGGAUAGAGAGGGCCAUCAGUGGUUGGGUUGAGUCUUUGACGGGUUCUGGCAGGAGCCGAGACACAUGCAGAGAGAUUGGAAGCAAUCUGUUUGUCGUGCCUCUAUCUACCUCAUAUUGAUAGACAGAGUCUGAGCAGGCUACAAAGGGCACAGAGCUGAACCUCUUUUCUUUCUUUUGGUCGCAGGCGCUGACUGUACCUGUGAAACAGAAUCUUAGUGCCGUCCUCAGAUCAACAGACACCUGAAAGCUCCUUCUCCUCCCACUCCUCCCCGAGAUGAACGCUCAAGAAAGCACGAUGUAUACACAAGGACAAGAACACAUCAGACAAGGGCUCAGGAAAGAUAUUGGGCAGGAUGGGUAUUGGGUAAUAUCUAUAUGACCCAAGCGAACCAAGUCUCAACAGCAGAGAUAAGAGCCGGAGCAUCUUUCUCCAAGCAGCAUAUCCAGCACCGGGCAGCAAUACAUUGAGAGCAAGUCGUCCAUACAAAGUAGAGCUAAGGUAGCUCUCGGAUGUCUCGAGUGUACUACAAGACUUCUAUGUCAAGGAAUUUGCUGCUGAAUAGCUGCCUGAGAUAGAAGGAGAAACAUCUCCAGAGACUGGAGCUACUUUCCUGUUCGUAAAGAUUUCGAGAUUUCGGACCCUAGAGCGGGCUGGCACGAAAGUCAUUCUCCAUAUGUAUCUCGACACUUGCACCAGGGAGUGCUGGGACCAAGGACAAGAUACUUGGUUACUUCAGCCUGGCAGGAGAGAUGGAGACGGGAUCAGGAAAUGCUCCCUUGAACCCUAUCAUUGCAGAAUGCACAUGAGUGUCUCUUAUCGAUGUUCUUCCAGAGUCUCAUGGAUCAAGAAAACACUUUUCACUACCCUUGUUUCUUACUUGAAGAUGGUUGACGGUCUACUGGACACAGAACAUCUCCUUUGGGAAGGGAAGAAAGUGAAGUUACAACAAGCCCAGUUCAUCUCUGGGCUGAAAGGAUAUGGAAAACUUCUUUCCUAUAUACAGAGAUUGCUUGGAGCAUGCCCAGCUUUGGGAUAUCCUAGCAGCGAAGUAUACCAUUCUCAACGUCAUAAAGUCCGCUAGCUGUGGCCAGGAGACCAGCAGAAUGAAUCUUUGCCUAGAGAACGUCAGUGGGAUUCAAGUGUUUUGAAAGAUGGUUCACUUCUCAUUGUCUGGCUCUUCUUCAAGUCCAUAAGUUUUCACAUCACAUGAACAAUUCCAAACAAUUGUCACGUUUUGCUGCAGCACCAUAUCCCUCCUUACCUACGUUCAAGUGCUCCAGAAGGCCCCUUCAAGAUCCAUGCUGACUGUUGGAUGUGGAUCUGUUGUCGUUGCAAUUAGCUUCCAGAGGGCUCGGCUGCUUAAAUAGCCCGUCUCCACAGCUAGGGAGCCGCAUCUACCAAGGUAUAACAAGCACCUCAUCUACGAGUAAACCCAGACUCGGAUCACAGAUAAUUUACAUGGGAAACAAGUUCCAUUAUCAUGACCUCUCCACUCCCCGAAUCUGACUGAAGCUUCCACCGCCCGCCAUGCCUCGGAAGGCGCCCCAAUACGAUGAUUACAGGGUUGCUGUCCAGCAGAUCAUCCUCUCCUCCUCCGAUACCGACUACCUCGACCAAUUGAUCCCCGCCCUUAAAGAUGCCACGAUCUCGAAUAGAACCCCCGGGCUUAUGCAGAGUCUGUCCGCGUACGCGGAAGAGCGCGAGGCUGACAUCGAGCGAAUCGGUCUCACCAAACACGACGAGUUCCUCCAGUCCGUCAACCAGCUCCAGAAAGUACGCGAAGGAACUGUCUCCCUGACGGCAGAAAUCCUACAGCUCAAUCAGUCCAUACAACAAAGCACCGAGAAGCUAGCAGCGCAGAAGGAAGCUUUGGUGGACACGAAGUCGAUCCGCCAGAACAUUGCAGAGGCGUCAGAAGCGCUGAAGGAGUCGCUGAAGAUAUUACAUGCGGUCAAUCAGGCGCAUGACUUGAUCAGGAAGAAGAGCUACUAUGCGGCGUUGAAGGCGCUGGAUGAUCUACAGAACGAGCAUUUGAUACCCACGAUUCAGAACAAGUAUGCGACUCAACACAAGCUGGCGGAGAUAAUACAAAAAUCGAUACCAUCUUCACAGAAGGCUAUUUCGGAAGCUGUAAUGACGGAUCUGAAUACAUGGCUUUACAGGAUCAGAGAGACGUCACAGUUCUUGGGAGAGGUUGCUUUUUACCAUACGGAAUUGAGGAGGACGAGGCAGAAAGAGCGAAUGGAGUCAAAUGAGUAUCUACGGAAUUUCAAACUCAACUCUGCGAUCGAGCUGGUAUUCGAUGAAAGUGAGGAGUUCGACGUGCUGGACAAUGAAGAGCUGCAUGUGGAUUUCCAACCCCUGUUUGAAUGUCUACAUAUCCACGAGGCACUGGGCCAAAGUGACAAAUUCAGAGCCGAAUAUGCUGCAACGCGGAGGAGGCAGAAAGAAUUGUUACUUCCAAGUUUCGUGGAUUUGAUGGAGGAGGAUGAGCAGAGUCUGAGCAGUUUACUGGAGGGUAUUGCUGGAUUUGCCAUUAUUGAGAGGGCGACGAUGAGGAGAGCUCAUAAUCUCAGAUCUCCCGUUGAUGUCGAUGAAUUAUGGGACUCCAUGUGCCAAACAGCGAUUGCCUUGAUUUCCAAAGCAUUGGACAAGGUCGAUAAUGCCGAAAUUCUGCUAAAGAUCAAGGGAGUAAUUGCUCUAUUCAUUCAGACAAUGGAUACUUGGGGAUACUCCGUGGCAACACUAGACAGCUUCUUGCUUACCCUAUUUGACAAAUAUGCCGAGCUUCUGAAGAAGAGAUUCAGUGAUGAUUUCCAAGAAAUCGUUGCAAGCGAUGAUUACAUGCCUAUGCCUGUCACCAAUGUUGACGAAUAUGACAAGGUUGUCAAUGUCUGCUGGUUUACACCAGAUAAGCCAAGAGAAGAACUCUCAUUCCCAUGUGUGCUACCAUUCUCUCAGAUGUAUCCAUUAUGCUGCAUCGACAUCAGGAAUUUUCUCAACCAAUUUUACUUUUUCUCGGAUGACCAUUUCCAACAUCCCAAUGUCAUUGACGAGGCAUUAAAGAAGUCAUUAGAUCAGCUCCUCCUCGAGAAAGUCUGCCGUUCUCUUGUGGAACGACUAAGCUCCCAAUACCUCGGCCAAAUCGUCCAAAUCCUCAUCAACCUCGAACAUUUCGAAACCGCCUGCCGAGAACUCGAGCAGCUCCUCAUAGCAGCACGCUCUUCCACCUCAGCAGGUGGACCCAUCGUACUAGACGCCACCGAAGAAUUCCGCAGUAACAAGAAGACUGCCGAGAAGCGCAUCUUCGAACUCGUCAAUUCCAAGAUCGAUGAUCUUGUUGAAACGGCUGAGUACGACUGGAUGGCAAACACACUCGAAAGCGAGCCAAGUAACUACAUGCAAACACUAACCCGCUACCUCUCCAAUAUCAUGAACUCAACUCUCCUCGGCCUCCCACGAGAAAUCAAAGAACUCAUCUACUUCGACGCCCUCUCCCACGCUGCAAACAUGAUCCUCGCCCUCCCCCUCUCCCCCGCCGUCAAAAAAAUAAACCCCAACGGCGUCGCCGCCCUCGCCAAAGACGUAACCUACCUCUCCGACUUCGUCGACACCCUCGACAACGCCCCCAUCCUAAAAGAGAACCUCGACGAGCUCCAGCAAACAGUCCUCCUCAUGCAGACGGAGAAUCCAGACGAGUUCUACGAUGUGGGCAUGCGGAAUAAGAAGUUUGGACGCGUGGAUGCGCUGAAUGGACCGAGGAUUUUGGAGAAACUCACAUACACCGUGAUGGCCAGCCCCACACGAACAGACCGCCUUCAGAACUUCUCAUCUAGAUUCGGCAUGAGGUGAGAAAGGGAUGAGAGCAGAUCAGAGCAGAAAACAGGGAACACAACGUAACGAGGGAUAUCACGACAUCGAGCAAGAAUGGGGAGAUGGCCUUUGUGGGUCAUUGGCCUGAAAGCUUUAGACGCGGUGAAGUGGAGCCGAUCUGUUCACCAUACGUAUUAGUAUGUAAGGAAGCAUGUAAAAUAAACAACAGUAAACACAAGAAUGACGAUAAGCUCGGGAUUCUCUCGGAGGGUUGGAUAUCACAGAUGGAUGGACACGAAGAUCAAUCAAUCAAUCAACCAUCUAGUUUUUUUGCAAAGGGUUAAAAAAAAG